AGUAGGAACCAUUGUAAUCGCGUUUCCAGUCGGAGCGCUCUCAGCGUGACGCUUCGGUUCGCCUCAGUAGAAGCUCACAGAUGUUGACAUUUUUCUGAAACGUGUUUCAGGCAGAAAAGAUGGACGACCAGGGCUGUCCGAGAUGCAAAACCACCAAGUACAGGAACCCGUCCCUGAAGCUGAUGGUGAACGUCUGCGGCCACACACUAUGCGAGAACUGUGUGGAGAUGCUGUUCGCGCGCGGCUCGGGGAGCUGCAUGCAGUGCGACACGCCUCUGAGGAAGAGCAACUUUCGUGUGCAGCUCUUCGAAGAUGCAACUGUGGACAAGGAGGUAGAGAUCCGCAAGAAGGUGAUGAAAAUCUAUAACAAGAGAGAAUUCAACUUCUCCAGCCUGAGAGACUAUAACGACUAUCUGGAACAGGUGGAGGACAUAGUUUACAACCUGACAAACAAUAUUGAUGUGGAGAACACCAAGCUGAGGAUGGAGCAGUACCAGAGAGAAAACAAAGACAUCAUCCAGAGAAAUAAGGCGAAGCUUACGCGGGAGCAGGAAGAGCUGGAGGAGCUGCUGCUUCAGGAGCAGCAGAGCAACGAGCAGCGGCGGCUGGAAGUGCUGCAGGAGGAGCAGAGGCAGCUGCAGGCCAAGCGGAAGAGCAAACAGGCUCUGCUGGAUGAACUGGAGCAGUCUGAGCUUCCUGCCACCAUCUUACUCGCUCAACACAAAGUUCGUGCCGCCCAGCUGGAAACACAGAUAGAGCAGCAAAAACAGAAUGUGAAGCCAACCACUCGUUUUGGAAUCCAAAUAGGUCAGACUGUCUCUCUCCAGCCUGUGCCCAGAAUACAGGAGGUUCUGUACCAGUACAAACCCCUUCAGGUUGAAACCUAUGGACCUCCGGCGCCGGACCUGGAGCAGCUGAGUAGAUUUGGGUAUCUGAACCACGUCCGGGCCGCCAUGCCGCAGGACACAGCUGGAGGAUACACCUCAGCUCUGGCUUGUUAUCGGGCCAUCCAGGAUGCUUUCAGUGGGCUGUUCCCCCUGAAAGGCUGAAUCUACCUGAACUUCCUCCUCCCGUCUCAAUGGACUUCAUCAAUGCCACCCAACCAUUACCGUGUUGACAUGCUUCUGGUGAAGAUUUGUGUAGAUGUUUUUGCUUUCUAUUGAUAUUAUUUUUAAAUAAAAUAAUAAAAACAUU